CACAUUCAAAAUGAGAGAAGAAAUUAGCAGUAGUAGUAGAAUUUUACAAAUGGAAAUGGAAUCAACUCCAGAGAGUAGAUAUAGCGUUGCAGAUUGUAAAUACGCACGUAAACACAAGAAAAGAAGGAAAAUAUGUAUGCUCGUUCUCUCUGUCCAUAUUAUUCUGGUUAUAACUAUUAUCAUCUUGUGUCUCACUGUUUUUAGACCCAAGCGUCCUGUCAUCACGCUCGAGUCCUUGACUCUCAAGGACCUGGCCGUGUCCGUAGACGCGGCCAGGUUCAAGGUAUUCCUUAACAUUACCAUGAGCGGCGACCUCUCCAUUUACAAUCCUAACAGAGUUAGUGUCCAAUACGAAGACAUCAACCCUUACAUCGAGUAUAGAGGUGAAGAAAUCGGAGAUGUUCACGUCCCCGCGUGGAAGAUUGGGUCCCGGACCACUACAAAUAUGAACUUUGUGCUGAUAAUAAUGGCGGAUCGGCUAUCUUCGGAUCCUAAUUUGUAUUCGGACGUGGUUGAAAAGGGCAUGUUGCCGUUAACUAUUUACGUGAAACUGAAGGGCAAAAUAAAACUAAUUGUAUUGUUCAAAGUAAAGGUGAAAGUUUCCACCAAAUGCGAUAUAUCUUUGGAUAUCCAGACGGCAAGUCUCGCCAGCCAAUCCUGUCAGUCUAAGACUAAGUUAUAGCUUGGAUGUGAAUCGAUAUAAAUUAAUUAGUGACAAUUAUGUAGCAGACAGAAAUAUACUAGCAGUAUAAUACUCUUUUGCGUUUCGUGACACACUUUGUUUAUUAGUCUAUGUUAAACAAAUGAUAUAUUUCUAUUCCAUUUUAAUCA